GCCGGGCUCAGUAACAACACACCCUUAUAAAGGUUAUAACUAGUUAGUAGUUAAUAUCAAACCGGUCAGAGAGGAGUGACCCUGACAGGAUGUCCCGGGAACAGCUCGUCGUGCAGCGGGCUAGGAAGUCCUUCCAGACGGGAAACACCAAGCCUCUGGAGUACCGGGUCCACCAGCUGAAGAGUCUGCUCCGCUUCAUCUCAGAGAGGCGGAAGGACAUUGCUGAUGCUGUUAAGAGGGACCUGGGCAAGAGUGAACACGGGACGGAGCUGUUUGAGACUCUGGGCCUGGAGGGAGAGAUCAAACUGGCCAUCGACAAGCUGGCAGAGUGGGCGGCUCCUCGGCCGGUGGAGAAGAACCUCCUCACCAUCUCAGACGAGGUCUACGUCCAGCCUGAGCCCCUGGGGGUGGUGCUCAUCAUCGGGGCCUGGAACUACCCCUGGGCGGUCACACUCCAGCCGCUGGUGGGAGCCAUCGCUGCAGGAAACGCAGCAGUAAUAAAACCAUCUGAAGUCAGCUCUCACUCUGCGAAGGUCAUGGAGGAGCUGCUCCCUCAGUAUCUGGACAGAGAUCUGUACCCGGUGGUGACGGGCGGCGUGUCAGAGACGCAGGAGCUGCUGAGGCAGAGGUUCGACCACAUCUUCUACACAGGAAGCAGCUCAGUCGGCAAACUGGUGAUGGAGGCCGCAGCUCGCCACCUCACCCCCGUCACCCUGGAGCUGGGCGGGAAGAGUCCCUGCUACAUCGACAGCAACUGUGACAUCACUGUCGCAUGUCGUCGCAUCACGUGGGGAAAGUUUGUGAACUGUGGUCAGACGUGCAUCGCUCCAGACUACAUCCUGUGUGAAGCGUCCAUCCAGAGCAGAGUGGUGGACGAGAUCAGGAAGAACAUCAAGGAGUUUUACACAGAUAAUCCAAAGACGUUUGAGGACUACGGACGCAUCGUCAACCAGAGACACUUCCAGAGGGUCAUGGCUCUGAUGGAGGGCAGCACGGUCGCUGUGGGUGGAGACAGUGAUGAAUCCCAGUGUUACAUCGCUCCCACCGUCCUGAAGGACGUGACAAGGGAAUCUAAAGUGAUGAGGGAGGAGAUCUUCGGGCCGCUGCUGCCCAUCAUCACGGUGAGCGGCGUGGACGAGGCCAUCCAGUUCAUCAACGAGAGAGAGAAGCCGCUGGUCGUCUACGUCUUCUCCAAUAACAACAAGCUGAUCAAACGGGUGAUCGCUGAGACGUCCAGUGGCGCUCUGCUGGCCAACGACUGUCUGGUCCACUUCACCGUCAGCGCUCUGCCCUUCGGAGGAGUCGGUAACAGCGGGAUGGGCUGCUACCACGGCCGCCACAGCUUCGACCAGCUCAGCCACCUGCGCAGCUGUCUGAUCAAGCAGCUGAAGAUGGAGGGGGUGAACAGCAUGCGGUACCCCCCCCACACCGCCAAGAAACUGGGCUGGGCUCGAUUCUUUCUGCUCAAGCAGUUCAACGUGUGCAGGCUGCGCCGCAUGGCGCUGCUCGCCAUGUUGGCCGGUCUGGCGGCGUUUGUGGUUCAGAGGUUCCUGCUGUGAGGCUGAGGACCAGACUCUGCUGGUCUGUGCUGGACCGUGUCCUGGUGCAGGUGGUGCGGGGCCCGGGACCCCCACGUGGACUCCUGCCCUGUAGCGAAAUAUGGCGCAGCUGUGAUUAACUGGUCCAUAUCAUUUCAUCCAUGUUGACACACCUGACUGAUUGAUACAGUGGCCCUGAAGGUUCAAACCCCUGCAGCUUCAGAAACACAUGAAAAACAUCUUCAUCAGUUUGACAACACACGUGCUGCUACACAACAGGAAGUGUUUCUAGGGGACAUUAGUCAUGAAGACGGCUCGUUGGCUACAUGUUAGCGCUGCUGGAAAAUGAGCUAAAGCUAAAGUUUGUUCUGUUCAUUAUAACGUCGAUAUCACAUGAUUCAGAUAUUAUUGCAAAAAUGUUAGCCGUUAGCUUAGCCUUCAGGUCCGUCACUUCUUUGUGUCCCCUCUUCCGUCGUGUUGUCUGUAUUUGCAGCUCGUGUCAAACUGAUGAAGAUGUUUUCUGAGGUUGUUUGUGUUUUGAGCUUCAGGGCCACCGUACAUUCACAACUCUUCCGUUACAACUUCAAGCUGCUAUUAAAGUUUUUAAUGUCAAUUUUAUAGAAUUAAAAUCUGUAAUUAUUAUUAUUAUUAUUAUUAUUAUUAUUAUUAUUAUUAUUAUUAUUAUUAUUUAACCUGGUAAAAGGAGAUUUUACUUUAACAAAAUAAUGAAAUCAAUUUCAUGAAUAUCAUCUGCUUUGAAUGUUGCCAUGGUAACUUCUGUUACUCCUUUUUAUUCCAGUUUGAAUCCUGAUAAUAUUUUAUUGUUU